AUGGCGCGCCAAAAGAAAGCAACUCGGGACAAUGCCGCGGACACAUCCAUGGGAUUUACGCCGGAGAGGUUUGAGCGGGAGCUGAAGGAUCUGGCAUCUAAGGCCAAGAAUGACACGUGGAGCAACCGCGUGCUUGGCCAGGUGGUGCUCUACGUCAAGACGCUGGUGCUGCUGACCUUGCUGGGCGUGUACUCGAAUGCAUCGCAGCUUGCGCUGUCGCCCGUCUAUGGCUCCGUGCCGGCGGCGGCAUGGCAUUCCAAGGCAUUGAUGGCUGGCUGCUUCGUUGGUUGGGCGGGUAACCUGGCGUUUCGCCAGGUGCUCCCCAUAUCGACGGAGCAGCUUCUUCCGUUGGUGGCGCUUUAUGUGCCUGUGAUGCAGUGCUUCUUGUAUCGAUUUAGCCAGACUCUGGGGCCCAAUUAUGGACCUCUCGUUACUGAGGGAGUCACUUUGGUCCCGAUGGCGAUUCUAACGGCUGCUUCUGUUGCGGACAACCUGGAGGGUGUGGAUCUGAGCUCGAUGCCCAAGGUCCUGGGGGAAGCUGUCCCUGGUGUUGGAUCUUGGGGAACGUUCAAGCUAGUGGAGCAUGUUGCUGAGAAACUCCUGCAAAAGCACGUUGGGACAAUGUUUUGGUAUACGAGGAUGGGCUUGGAGAUGCUGCUGGCUGGAUCGUAUACGGUGUUUGCACCCUCCAAGUAUCUGGCCCUUGCAAUACCGGCAUUGGUGCAUACGGCCAUGUUCAAUCCUCACGUGGAUACACCAACUGCAAUGGCGUUGUUGAAUACCACCAUGUUGGCUGAUAACUGGAUGAUUUUGGACAGGCGGGAGUCUGUUACAGGAUAUAUAUCGGUGGUUGAGCAGACGCGGAGCAAGAUGCGAGUCUUGCGAGCUGAUCAUAGCCUUCUGGGAGGCGAUUGGGCGGACUGGCGUGGCAAUCAAGUAACGGAGCCCAUCUACGCCAUUUUUGUUAUGCUAGAAGCAGUGCGUCUAGUUGAGAGAGAGGUGCCGGUUGCGGAUGCUGAGGCUCAGGCCCUGGUCAUUGGUAUGGGCAUUGGUACUGCGCCGUCUGCACUCGUGUCUCAUGGAAUUGAGACCACCGUUGUGGAGAUUGACCCUGUUGUCUACGAAUUCGCUCAAAAGUAUUUCCAGCUCAGAGAGAAUCACCCGGCGGUUAUCGAAGACGCGGUCAAGUACACCAACAGGGUCGCCAACGAAACCGGGGAUGUCUAUGACUAUAUUCUUCAUGAUGUCUUUACGGGAGGUGUAGAGCCUGUUGAUUUAUUCACAUUUGAAUUCUUCCAGAACCUCUACACUCUGCUGAAGCCCGAUGGAGUUAUUGCUAUUAACUAUGCAGGCGAUCUAAGGUCGCCAACUCCCAAGGCCAUCGUGCGGACCAUACUGCAAAACUUUCCAACCUGUCGUAUAUUUCGGGAGAAUCUACCUGACGACAAAGCUAUUGCUGAGACGGGUUCGGACUUUACCAACAUGGUCAUCUUUUGUCGCAAAGCCACAGGGGCACUGACGUUCCGUGGCCCGGUGAAAGAAGACUACCUUAACAGUCCUUCCAGGCAGAACUUCUUGACACCUCGAAAUGAAGUUUUACCCGGAGAUGUGUUCUCCAAUGGCAAAGACGAAGAGGGCUUCCUGUUCAGAAACGGGACAGACAAGGUCAAGGAAGGACAGUAUGCCAACGCAGCUGGCCACUGGGCGGUCAUGAGGAGCAGCCUUCCGGCUGCCUUUUGGGAAAGGUGGUAG